GAAACAGAUAGAUCGCAAAAAUAAGUUCGAAAUGGAAGCGAUUAAAUCAAUUGGUAAACAUUACAAAGUAACAAUUGCAUUUAUUGUGUCUAUAAUUUACAUCCUUAUAACAAUGAGAUUCUAUAAAGCCUCAAUUGGUUCAAUCACGUUCGGAAGUUUUUUCAAUGACACGCUGGAAAAUGGAACAACAUUAAAGUCAAAGUAUCCAAAAGUUAUCUUGGCAACAAAAUUAUUAAAUUUAGAAAACAUUUUGGAGAUUAAAAAUCAGCCAACGAUUGAUGGAACUAAUAUUUUCUUUAUCGAGGCACUUCAUGUACUCGAAGAUCCACCAAAUUUCAUUGGUCUAAGGCAGGCAUGUUCAUUUGAAUCAGCAGCACGUGCUAAUCCUCAUAUGAAGAUCUACAUUGUAUUUGUAUCUGCCCAUCGAUCAGUGAAACUUUUAAUGAACGAGCAACUCAUGGCACUUUUAUCAUAUCCAAAUGUAAAUAUUGUUAUGGCUAAAUUAAGAAGUUUCGCUGCACAAACACCUGCCGGUAAGUUCAUCUUAACUGGUGGUCUUAGAUACUCAAAGUAUCCAGUUGUGCACACAAGUGAUAUAUUCAGAUUUCUAUUGCUAUGGAAGUACACUGGAACAUAUAUGGACUCAGAUAUGAUCGUGAGGAAAUCAAUUGAUGAACUGGGAAGAAAUUACGCUUGUGCGGAUGGUGAACGAGGAAUUAUUGCUAAUGCAUUUCUUAAUUUUGAUGCGGAAGAUGGACGAAAAAUUGUUGAAAAUUUGAUUCACGAGCAAAUCAAUCUCUACAAUCCAAUACAAUAUGGAACUAAUGGUCCCGUUCUACUUACAAAUCAGCUGAUAAAAAUGUGUGGGACAAAUCGUACGCAAAAAAUGAUAAAAAUGGACAAUUGUGACGGAUUUCAUGUCCAUUCUAGGCAACUUUGCUAUCCAAUUCUUCCGACUUUCUACAAAAAUAUUUUCAACGAAAGCUACACAGAAAUUUUGAUGCAAAAUAUCAAAAAUGCCGUGACUGUUCAUAUGUGGAAUGGAUUAACUUUUUAUAUUGAUACCACAAAAAAUGACAGAAAUUUUUACACGGAACUAGCUAAACAAUAUUGUCUGAAAGUUUUUGACGCAAUUGAUAGUAAAUUUUAAUAUGAGGCUGAUGUCAUUAGAGGCAAUUUGGGGUUAUUUAUGUAUGAUGUUCGGGUUUGAGGAUUGGGGAGUCUGGAAUAAUAUUUUAUUAAUGAAAGCUGAGGGAACUAAGAACCCACUAUAGUGGCAAGAGGAUCCAAAAAUAAUUUUGAAGCUACAAAACUCUCGAAUACCUCCUAUUCAUGUUAUUCUACAUCAUUACACGAUUUUGUAACUUAAUACAUCAAAAACAAGCAAACUAUUUCAUGUCACAGCCAAAGUGUGUACAUCCCAGUUCCAUUUAGUCAUUCGUGAUUCAGUCACAAAAGUAUUGAAAAUGAAACUCUAUUCAAAUAGAUUAUCUCAACGAGUUUUAUUACCAAUACUCAUAUUUCUAUUCAUAAUUCUUAUUAAAAUGCACUUGGAUUCUCUCGAGUUUUUCAUUGAAUUGAGAGAUAUUGUUGACGAUGGACCAGACAAUAGUGAAAAUAUCUUUUUCAUUGAUGUGGAAAAUAUUUAUGCUGCUGAUAGCGUAAAAUCAUUAAAUAUUCGUCAAUUGUGUAGCAUUGAAUCAGCAGGUAUGGGAAAAAAUUAAGUUUAGACUCAUAAAAG